AUGGCUCACCCCAGGGACCUGCUGCAGGCCCUCGCCCUGCUGGACGCCGCCGCCGGCGACGGCGGGGAGCUGUGGGGAAGCUACGCGGCCGCGCUGCUGCCCGCACCCGAGGAGCUCACCCUGCCGCUGUGCUGGGGCGCGGAUUUGCGGUCUGAGCUGCAGCACCCGGCGAUAGAGGCGGCCGCGAGGGCGCAGCAGGAGCGCCUGGCUGGGCUGUUCCCAGGAAUGGCCGCCCCCGCGGCGCCCGGCGCGCCGAGCUGGCUGCAGUGGGGGUUCGCCUGCGUCCGCAGCCGGGCGUUCGGGCUGGCGCUGACGCCGCCGCUGACGCGCCGCUUUGCGCCCUCCCCUCCACCCCACUGCCGCGCAGCCAACCACGCGUUUGACCCCAACGCGGACUUCCUGGCGGCGCUGCCGAGCAGCAACGGCAGCAGCAGCAGUAGCGAUAGCAGCAGCAGUAGCAGCAGCAGCAGCAGCAGCGGGCAGGAUUUCUUCUACCUUGUGGCAGUGAAGGACAUCAAGGCCGGGGAAGAGGUCACCAUCUCGUACAGCGGCCCGGCGGGUUACACCAACCAGCGCCUGAUGGCGCAGUACGGCUUCGUGCCCCAUGGCGGGAACAUGGCGGACAGGCUCGCGCUGGAGGUCCCAGAGGGGGCCACCCUCUCUUUGGAUCGGGCAGAGGACGCGCUCGGCAGCGGGUUACUCAUGGACGCCGCCCAGGGCAAAAACCCCUACCUCUUUGCAGCCCUGAAAUCACUACCGCUGGCCCCCGCCGACGGCGGCGGCGCGGCGGCGGCCGGCGGCAACGAGGCGCAGCGGCGGCUGGCGGCAGCGCUGCUGUCGCAGGUCGACGGGGAGAUUGACGCUGCCGCCACGAGCCUGCAGCAGGAUGAGGAGACGCUCAGGCAACUGCUUCAGCAGCAGCAGCAGCAGCAGCAGCAGCAGCAGCAGCAGCAGCAGCAGCAGCAGCAGGACCAGGAGCAGCAGGGGGAGCAACAGUUUGACGCCCGGCUGAUCGCGGCCGUGCGGUAUCGGGUGGAGCGCAAGCGGCUGCUGCGGGCAGCGCGGGUGGUGCUGGGGGUCUACUUGAGAGACGGCCCUGUCUGA